UCGCAGGGUGUGUGAGCCUUUAUCUCUCAAUGUGAGGCAAGUACUGCGUGUACAGCCUCAGCUCCACAUCCCCCCCUUUCUUCUUCUUCUUCUUUUUGUGCGUGCCUGUCCCUGUUAUGCAUAUGUGUGAGUGUUGCGAGUGUGUGUUUGUUUGAGUGUGUGUUUGUCUCCAGCUCUCACCGGGUUGGGUGCGUUACCACUGAGGGCUUCCUGCUGCAUCCAUCCGCCUGCAGAUUAAAAGCGCCGGACUGUCAGUGCACACUGCAGGGCUGUAAUUGAGACGGGGAAGCCGGUGGAAACGACCUCUUGACGUCCCUCCUUUGUUGUCCCUCUCAGGGCGACAAAGGCAGCUCCUCACACUCGAACCGCAGCAGUUUGAAAGCUUCCAUCAGACUCAUGACUGUUUGAGGGGACGCGGACCCACCGUGGCCCAUGCACUGUACCCGUUUCCCUCCCUGCCCUCCUUAUCCCUCAAGCUGACGCAGAACCCCAGACACCUACCCCCCCUCCCCCAUCCCCACUCCCACCCCGUCCCCAGCGACUCGCCCCCUCCCGCGAUGGCACCCGGCACCGAGACCGUGCACUACAUCCACCUUCACAACUCCAGCCAGUCGGUGCUGGAAGCCCUGCGCACGCAGCGGCGCGAGGGCCUCUUCUGCGAUGUGACCGUGCGGAUACACGAUGCCUCUCUGCGCGCUCACGCCUGCGUCCUGGCGGCUGGCAGCCCCUUCUUCCAGGACAAGCUGCUGCUGGGUCACUCUGAAAUCUCUGUGCCACCGCUGGUGCCUGCCGAAACCGUGAAGCAGCUUGUGGAUUUCAUGUACAGCGGCUCGCUGGUGGUGCUGCAGUCGCAGGCCCUCUGCAUCCUCACCGCCGCCAGCAUCCUGCAGAUCAAGACGGUCAUUGACGAGUGCACCCAGAUCAUCUCUCAGAGGAAGGCAGCGGCAGGGGCGGCGAGUGCAGCUGCGGCGGCGGCGGCGGCGGCGGCAGCGGGAGGAGGGAUGCUCGGAGGAGUUCUCCCGAAACAAGAAGAGCGCGGUGGGGGGAAAGGGGCCGAGAGAGGCGGCAGUGGAAGCUGUUCUGUUGGCGGUGGGGGUGGAGGUUACGCUAACUUCUCCAACUUCAUGGCUGAGUGUGCGGCUAGUAACAUGGGCGGGGGGUUAGGGGGUGCCAGCGUCAAUGUCAGUGAAAGCGGCCCAGGCCCGAUGGAGCAAGCGAACACCGUGAGUCUGAUGGCGCUGGGCGACAUGGGCCCCGGCUCCAUGUGUGGCGGUGACGGUCUGGGCUCUGGGCCCGGCGCAAUCCUCAUGAAGCAGAGCUCCAGUUGUACUCAGGACGUCAGGUACAAGCUCCGAGACCUGUUGGCGCAGACGGCCAACGGAGCCAGCACCAGUAGCACGGGGGGCUGCAGCUCCGGUGUGGGCAGUGUGGACAGCAUCGGCAGGGACAGCCUCCGCGGCAACACAACCGACCUCUCUGAUGACCUCGUGGGGAUGGACAGAUACAGCGAGGAGGAGGACUUGGACGGGAGAGAGCGGGGAAGAGACGGAGACAGAGACAGGGGGGCGAGCCACAGCCGCAAGCAGAGGCAGCCGCUAAGACUCCAGGUGCUGGGAGGAGAGGGAGUGGUGGUGAAAGAUGAAGGGGUUCAGGAAACAGAUGGGACAGUCUACGCCUUGGAAGACGGGAGACGAGGUGGAGAGCAGGAGGGCUCCCAGGAAUCCAUGGCAGGCUUUGGACAGGAUUUCUAUGAUGAGCAGGGGGUGUUUUCUGAGAGCUUCUGGCCCCAGAGUGAGCCUCCUCAGGCCAUGGCUUUCAACCCCAGAGGAAGGGUCAACAAGCCUCUGACUCCGCCUCCAACCACACAGUCCAUCAACAACCAGCUUCUUUUCCAGUACCCAGUGAGCCAGUCGCAGCCAGCUCCGUUCUAUGUGGGCGGGCCCAUGGGUGGGAUUGACAGCAUGGCGGGGACGGAGCCCGGUCAGCAGGCUCCUCCCCCGGCGCCGAUGACCCCGGCCCCGCCUCCCUCCACCUCCUCCUGCUCUGCGGGCCCCUCCCCUUCCUCCCAGGGAUCUGAGACCUCGUUCGACUGCACGCACUGUGGCAAAUCUUUACGUUCCAGGAAGAACUACAGCAAGCACAUGUUCAUCCACUCCGGUCAGAAACCUCAUCAGUGCUCCAUCUGCUGGCGCUCCUUCUCCCUGCGCGACUACCUCCUCAAACACAUGGUGGUGCACACUGGCGUCAGGGCCUUCCAGUGCUCCAUGUGCGGCAAGCGCUUUACCCAGAAAAGCUCGCUCAACGUGCACAUGCGCACCCACCGUGCCGAGCGCACCUUCCAGUGCAACGUGUGCCACCGGGCCUUCACCCAUCGCACCUUGCUGGAACGCCACGCCCUGCAGCACGCCCACCACGCCCCCCAGGCCCAGGGCCAAGGCCAGGGGCGUGGGCCCGACAUGACCUCACCUACCAAGCACAGCCCUCCGGCUCUGGGAGGGCCCUCAGGUAUGGCUGGCGCAGCUGGCAUGGUCGGCAGCAUGGCCAACAUGCCCAGCCACGGAGCUUCCUCCACCUAGAGAGAGAAGGGGGAGAUACGGGGGAGAGGUUAGUGAGCCCAUUCCUUGAACCGACACUUAAUUGGUCCUAACAGCCUUGUUGAUCUGUUGUUCUGGUGGGAACAACGCUUAUUGGUUCCCAUUGUUUUAGCUCAAUGACACCGUCAAUCAGGGUUCCUACACAGGGCUUUUGAAGUUUGAAAAUCAUGUAAAUUUAAAGGUGUUUUGGAAUUGCCAAAAAUCCAGGAAAAGUUUGUAAAAAUAGUUGUUCCCUACCCCCAUCUUAAGUAGUUGUAGUCCUACUGUCAUUUCCUGUGUUGUGACAUUCGUUGUGACGACCAAUCAUAAGAGCGACAUCACUACCAAUCACACAGCUUGUUGAACAGCCAUCCAAAAAACAGCGAAAAAGGUUCUCAGAGAGGAGGAAGUCUUGAAUUUUAAAACCGAGAAUGUGUAGGAACCCUGUUUGGAAGACGCCAGAGAGUCACCAAAGAGGUUAGGAAUACAGAGCGGGUGUGGGAGUCGGCAAGGGCGAGGGGGGUCGUAGGAUUUCUAGGUGGAGGUGAGGGAGGGGUGGGAUGGGGAUUGGGGUUAUAUGGAGAUGCAAGUUAGGGGAAAUAAGGGGAAGGAAGGGUUUGGUGGGGAGGGGGGUUACGGGGUUUUAUUCACCCUCAAUUCAGUUAAUUCAAGUUGAGAACUGGAGUUCACUCAGUUCUGUUCUGUGUAUCUUUAAGUCUUGCUGUAGCAGAUGUUCAUCCCAAGUGGGCGAGUAAAAUGUAAAAAUAACCGAUUAAGUUAUAAAACUAUGAAACAAACGGGCCAAGUUGUAAUGAAAAAUAUUUCUUUAAAAUGCAGAGAUGUUUUAAAAUGAAAGGUGUCGGAUUAGCUUUCUUCAGAAGUUAGCUCAUUGGCAGUCUCUAAAAAUAUGGACAAUCUCGGAGUGGGAGCUGUGUUUACCAGCGUUUUAUCUUCCUUCUGGUUAUUUUCAACCAUCAUAACAUACUUGAGGCAAAUGUAAAUCCACCCUUACAAAACAAUGGCCUCCUAGUUAGCUUGCUAGCAAGCGCUUGAUGACCUGAAACAGCUUUAGAUUGAUCCGUUGGUUUGAAAAGGAGGAACUUCCUUUCUGAGCCUCUGUGCUGAAACCUGGGUUUAAACAUCACAGCCUCAUUUUUUAAAAAGGAAAGAAUAAGGUUUUCCAAACACCUUAACAGGACGCCAGCUGUGGUCAAACAGCUCCAUGUGAAGUUAAACUCUUAAAGGAACGAUUAAAUAGCACUAGAGAGCACUUAAAUUUCAGUUUUGUUUAUUUGUUUUUAGUUUUUAUAUUGAUGUGUCUCCGGCUGAAUGAAAGUGAAUCCACACAAAGUCCAUGUAAUGUUCAGGUCAGAUUUAGGCGGUGGAAAUAAAAGGAAAGAUGCAUUUGCUAGGGAAGUAACUCGAACAAGAAAAAGCUUUCUGCUUUUAUGAAAGUACAAUAUAAAUAUAAAUAACUUUAGAGUUCUGAGUAUGACUGAACUGUCUCACACACUCGGCUGUAGACGAACGUCUGCGGUCACAUUCACUCUCUGCGGUCCAAAAGAAAUGCCAUUCCCUUUGAGUUUAAACGCACCUUAGGAGACGCAUUGUUGUAAACAUUUUCCCAUUUUUGAAUAUUGAAGAAAAAAAAAUGCACUUCCUGAAUUAACUGAAUUGAAUGUGAACGGAGCCCGACGCUAUUCAGGAGCAAACCAGGGUGACAGAGAGGGUUGUUGAUGAAUGAUUGGAUGAAGAAGGAAAAAGUAGUCCGAGCAGAGUGAGACUACAGCAGGGAGGGGAGGGAGGGAGGAGGACGGGGGAGGAGGAGGUGUGACGCACAGCAGUGUGAAUGAAAUUCACCAUCAUCCAUCAGACAGCUUUGUAACAUUUUCCACAGGCGCCUCUGGUCGGCCCCAGGAUCAUAUACCUCGAACCAGGACGAGCCACUGACGGCUCGGAGGGACACUAUUUUCUCAUUUGAAAUGUUUGGGAAACAUUUCAGCAUGUUUUACACACACACACACACACACACACACACACACACACACACACACACACACACACACACACCUACAAUUACCUCGGUGGUCCAAAGACAGGCAUUAUGCUUCACAUCUUUUAAGCUACAUCAAACGAAGAAACAGUGAAAACGAAAGCUAAGAUAGAUCCGUUUACUUUUUGAAAGCUUACUAAAGUACUUCUAUGUAAAAUUCCUGUACAUCACUAUAACGCUCAGUUUGUUAUUUGUUGCUCAUGUGAUUCUUUGAUGCAGAAAUAAGGCAGAACAUAAAAAAAAAAACUUUUAAAGUGAAAGAGCCAUUCAGAGGAAGUUAAACUUGGUUGAAUAACUAUGACAAAUCAAUGAUUUUUAUUGGGAUUUUUAUUGAGUGUUUGUGUUUGUCUUUUGGGGCUCUGGUUGAUAAUAAAUGGGAAGUGUUUGUUGCUUAAAAAAUAAAAAACAAUAAAAGCUUUUCUUGCAGCAUUAUAAAAAAAAUAAAACUUUUUAAUGUUUUAGUAAAACUAAAUUAAUCAUGAAAAUGUACAAUCACCCCUACAAGUUUUGACAAAGUCAAACUCGUGAUAAUUUUAAUUAUCACAUUAAUAUUUAUUACAAUUUGAUCUCUAUGCACAGUUAAGUUUGCACAUCAUAUUACUUAGACCUAGAUGUUAUUGUCCCCUGAAAUAUUUGGCCUAAGAUUGUUUUUGUUUUCCUUUUUUUACACCUAAAAGGUGAUCUUAAAAAGACCUUAUGUGUUCCUGCUUUUUGCUCAUUUUCCUUAAUGUUUGUCAGUUGAAGCAUUAUAUGAUAUUCAGUAGUUUACUUAAGCUUUGUAAGAGCCUUCUAAUUGACAUGAUUUCAUAAGUGGACCUCCCUAAUAAGUGAGACAUUUUUGAGCUUGAACUUUGCAAGUGAUGAGAUAAUUUGACUAAAAGAUCACUUUAAUCAGGACUUCUUUUUUAAUUCAAAAGAGUGAAUCCAGCAGAGAUGUAGAUUCAAUUCCUUUCUGUCUGGACUUCACUAUAAAUAUUGACAUUAAAUGUCCCAUUUAAAUGUGGAAAAACUGCUUAUUUCCAGGGAGCAGGCUUGGCAGCGUGUAUGCAUUGGCCUCUGAACAUUGCAAAUUAGUUUGCAGACUCAGUAGUUUGUUUGGCCAGCGUUGUGGAAUUUAAAAAAAGUAAGAGUUUAAGAGAAGCUGGACUGAAACUCCUCCAACUCACUGUUGGAUAUAAGCUAUAUAUAAAUUUUAACGCCAAACCUUUGGUGCUUUUUUGGAAAUAUUUACCUCAUUUGCCAGUUGCCAACACCAUGCUGUGGUCUGGGUUUGGUAAAUAAGCAGUGUUGAGCUGUUUCAGAGGUUUGAUCUAUCCUCAGCAGUGGAAGUGGUUUUGGUGCAUUUUGUCUGAGGCGGACCCUUGUACAGUACUGUAAUAUGUGUGCUUUGAAGCCAUGUCAGCGCAUUGUAACGUACUGUGUUAUGCCUUUUUUUUUGGUUUUCUGUUUUUUGUUGGGAGGGCGGUUGAUAAUUGUUUUUCUACAUUAAUAUUUCUUUAACAGAGGUUAAAUAUGUCAGAAGAAGAAACAGUCAUUUUAUAAAAAAAAAAAUCACUUGUCAUCGUAAAACCACAUCUUUUAUGUAUAAAAAGACUAAAGGCAUGAUUUUAACUUUUUCUGAGAACUUAGAUGUUGUACUCAAUGAAUUAAUUGAAUUUUAAAAAUGAGUGAUUUCAAAGAUUUCUUUCUCCAAAUAAAAAGUCUUCUAUGGCUCCAGGCCAGCUGCUCGUCA